GGGUGGCGGUGGAGUGGAGGGGUGAACUGUGAAAAGGAUGUCCGGUGCUCCUGAAUAGGAUGGCCUCCUUCACCACCCUUGUCUCAGCUUGUAUUUUCCAUCGAUCUCCAUUUCCCAACCAUCCCCCUCCCUGUUGACCGCGAUGAAGGCUGAAAGCGGUACGACAGUCAACAGCUUAUCAACUAAUCAUCAUCAGCCCAACCAACAGCAUCCCUCACCCACCCACCCGGGAGAGAAUCUCGUCAGCGGCGCUUUACCCCGAACACGGACGACGACAACGGCGCCUGGUGACGAUCAUUCCGAACUAAUCCUGGUUGGUGAUCGAACUUCACCAUUCAGCCAACGUACCCUGUUUGCGCUCCAGGAGCGAAAGAUCGCGUACCGGUUUCAGGAGGCUACUGAUGCCCAGAAAUCUCUCGAUGCUACAGCCACAAUCCCUACUCAAUACCUCCCUUUCAUCAUCUAUCGAGGUACAGCAGUCGCUGGCGGUAGCGUAAAUUUGAUUCAAUUCCUCGAAGAUGCCUUUCCAGAUCACCAUCCACGGCUAUUGUCCAAUGAUCUAAUUGAAAGAGCGCGAGAACGGCUUUGGUCAGAUUAUAUUCGCCAAUACGCCGUCCCACUAUUUGUCAGGGCGUUAAGGGCAAGGGUUACUUUUCAUCGAUGUGAUAGUACAACCAUUGCUGGAUUGGGAAAAGUUCUAAACAACUAUUGUGAAUCUUGCAUUGGACCGUUCUUCUCCGGUGAUCAACUCAGUUUGCCCGACAUACUCAUCGCCCCAUUUGUGUUCCAAACCAGGCUGAGCGCCUUUCCUAGACUAGCCACCGCAGCUUCGACUUUGGUAGAUUCAGGGGCUGGGACACGAUAUCAAGAUUAUGCGAAUCAGUUGUUGAAGUGUCAAAGUUUGAAAGAAGUGCUGCCCAAGAAUGAUGUGACUAUUGAGAAUUUGGGCAUACAAAUUCAAGCCAUGUCGAGACGGAUAUCACCAAGUGUACCUCCGCUACCUCCAGAAAUCAUAACUCAGAUAAUUGAUGAACUUGGCGACUACGAAUUGGCGGAGACUUUGGAAGUUGCGCAUCACAUUCCACCUACAUCAGCCUGGCUAGAACUCGCCACGCCGCUCGAUCAGGCGAUUUUAUCUGGUCGAUUGGCUCGGGUGAUCGAAGUAUACGCGGAGGAGAAAGAGACGCGACUGUCGACCUGGGGUGCACGAGUGAUGGUGCGGUUCGGAUACAUUGCGAUGCUCGAUUAUCUGUUAUCUGUCGAGCCUGAGCAGCUACAUCGGUUGUGUGACGAUCUCUUGCCGGACGUUGCAUCGGCAUGGGAGCGAGUGAACGUUUUGGAAUGGGCUCUCCAUGGAGGCUUUGGGAUCCGGGCCGAUGCCAGCGAAUCAGCGAUCAAUGAAGCCUCCAUUAACGGACACGUAGCCGUCCUGGAGUGGUGGAAGAACUCGGGAGUGGCGCUGAAGAUCGGGAAUGUGAUGGAUUAUGCUAGCUUAGAGAGCACGACGAUCUCCUUGGAAUGGUGGGCACGAAGUGGCUUGGAAGGGAAAUACAGUCGGAUGGCCCUGUUGAAUGCCACCAAUCAAGGCCAUCUCAAGGUCUUAGAUUGGUGGUUGAACUCGGGCCUGCAACUGGUCUAUGACAAGGAGAUCCUAGUCGGGGCUACCAAGUAUGGGAAGCUCGAAAGCCUGGAAUGGUGGUUCAAGAGCAAGCUGAAGGUCGCCUAUACGAUCUUUGACAUCGAGGAAGCCAUCGAAGAUUGCACUAAUCGUCAGCUCGAAGUCCAUGGCUGGUGGAAACAUCAGGGUAUCGAUCAGGCUGGUAGUGCUAUCGAUUGGACUGAGACUAAGUUCUUGGCUAACUCUCAAGCUUGAAUCGACACCCGUAACUCGAAUUGCCUAAUUUACUCUCCGGAUUAGAAAGAUCAAAUGCAAGAUGAUUACAUGUUUUUAUUAUUUGGAUUGUAAUAAUCAACCAGUAGUUAACUUAUCAUAGCGUAAUAUACCUCUUUUUAUUUAUCAUUAAACAAUGUGACCACCGGUCAGGUUCUUUUCCUCAUUAUUUAUUCUCAUCAUCUAUUUGUAGCAUUGCUAUCCUCUUAUUCAUUUGUUGCUUAUACAAUAAACCCUCCUCAAAAAAAGAAAUGAUGUUGGUUUUUUUGGAAAACCCUUAUGAACCUCUUCAUCUCAUGGAAUCAGCAUUCAUGUAUACAAUGUACUCUCUUAUAAACCAACAAACACCUGAUGAUAAUUA